AUGGAAUUGGCGGUACAGCGGACUGAUACGGAUGCUCUCAGUAGUAAAGUGAGUGCCAUACACACAAAGUAUCUUAGCGGUGGGAUCAGCCAGCAGUUUGCGUAUGAGGAAGUGUAUGGAGAGUAUUUGGCGUCGUUGCGGCAGGUGAGCAGGCGGGUUUUUGGAAAGUGCAGGUACAGUGGUGCGUCUUUCCCGGUUAUGAACUAUGGCACUUAUCUGAGGACGGUAGCGAUAGAUGAACGUGUACUGGAGUUUUUGCAGUGUAAUAGUGGCUCACAGGUCCAGAUUGUAAAUAUUGGUUGCGGGUCUGAUCUUCGGAUGGUGUCUGUUCUGGCCAAACACAGCAAUGUGAAGUAUAUCGAUUUGGACUUCAAAGAGUCUGUGGAGUUGAAGAGACAAGUGCUGGAGAAAUCGUCUACGUUAUCCAGCUAUCUCAAAAACGAUAACUAUGUGCUGAGAAGUUGUGAUCUGAGAGAUGUACCAGAUACAUUAGAAUUGCUCAAUGAAGAAUGUAAGCCAGAAUUACCUACCUUGAUAAUAUCCGAGUGUGUACUAUGUUAUAUGCCGGAGAAAGAGACACAAUCACUGAUUGAUGGAAUAAUACGCUUAUUUAAGAAUGGUAGUUGGGUUUCCUAUGAUCCUAUGGGAGGAUCGGACAAAAACGACAGAUUUGGUGUCAUAAUGCAGCAAAACUUGAGGGACUCAAGGCAAUUAGAGAUGCCUACAUUGCUAAUAAACAAUUCGCCAGAAAUAUACGCUUCUAGAUGGACCCCCAACUCAGAUGAACAGUUUGAAAGAGUAGUGACUGAUAUGUGGACGUAUUAUAAUGAUAAGGUGCCAGCUGAGGAAAAGCAAAGGAUAAAGAGAUUACAAUUCCUUGAUGAACUGGAAGAACUGAAAGUGAUGCAGAGCCACUAUGUAAUAUUCUUCUGUAAAUGGAACGCCAAUCCAAACUGA